CAGGCAUCGGACCCCCAGGCGGGGCGACAGGCCUCGGACCCCCAGGCGGGGCGACAGGCCUCGGACCCCCAGGCGGGGCGACAGGCAUCGGGCCCCCAGGCGGGGCGACAGGCAUCGGGCCCCCAGGCGGAGCGGCGGGCGCCGGACCCCCAGGCGGAGCGGCGGGCGCCGGACCCCCAGGCGGAGCUACAGGUCUUGGGCCCUCAGGCGGAGCGGCGGGCGCUGGACCCCCAGAUGGAGCGACAGGUCUCGAGCCCUCAGGCGGAGCAACAGGUCUCGGGCCCCCAGACGAAGCGGCGGGCACCGAGUCACCAGGCACGACAGUGGGCACCGAGUCGUCUGGCAAGACUGCGGGCACCGAGUCAACUGACGGAACAGCGGGCACCGAGUCGACUGGCGGAACAGCGGGCACCGAGUCGUCUGGCAAGACUGCGGGCACCGAGGCAACUGGCGGAACAGCGGGCAUCGAGUCAACUGAGGCUUCAGGCUGAGGAGAGGCUUCAGGCUGAGGAGAGGCAUCAGGCUGAGGAGAGGCAUCAGGCUGAGGAGAGGCAUCAGGCUGAGGAGAGGCUUCAGGCUGAGGAGAGGCUU